UGGAGCGGGUGUCCGAACCAAGAUGGCGGCCGUAUUUCUCGCUGCGCAGCACCCCGAGCGGCGUCUACUCUUAUGGUCUCCUGCACGCCGGACUCUGUCUCCCCUUGGACUAUCUGCCUGUUUCCCUGCCCUCGCCACAUUCUCCCCAUCGGCUCCAUCCGUUCUGCCCGCUUCCGCCUUCAAAACCCUGGAAAAUUCAAUUCCCAGCAAUGGCAUUUAACAAAUUCUUCAUUGUUGCCGUAUGUUGUCUUUGCUAUCUGACUGUGGCACUUGCAGACAGCACUGUGUCUUGCUACAGGAUCGAACCCGGCACGAUAGCGGGCAUCAUCUGUGCAGAUGUGCUGCUGACCCUCAUCAUCGUCGCCGCCACCUACAGAUGUGCCAGCUUUCGGCGUCAGAAGAUCGACAAUGCUAACAAAGUGUACAUGAACGUCCGGGACUACUGCAAGAGCUAAUCUAAAGGUGGUGCAGUGCAUUGUAAAAUUCUGUUCAAGCUUUUUGAUCCAAUCUUUUUUUUUUUAAAUGCUGCAAAAAAAUGCAAAUUGCCCUGAAAAAAAAUAACAAUUUUAUAUUAAAUUCUUCUGAAACCAACCCAAAUUGAGUGUCUUACACAUAUUUGGAUAUCUUUACACUUAUAAUAACAAUUCUGAAUUCAUCAAAACAAUUCAGCAAGAAAAAAAACUAUUACAUAGCAUUGAAGCAUAACAAAUGAUUUAUUGUGCCAAAUAAAAAGCUUUAAACUUUUAUUAAAAGCCUUUUUACACCUAGUCACGAUGUGGAUUCUGCUUGCAGUUAUAUUGAAACUUUAAAUAGAAAGUUAAAUAAAAUAUUUUUGAUGGCACAGCUGAAACACAACAAGGCACCCUCUGCAGCUGGCAUUUGGUAGCUUAAUAUCUAGAUAACCCGUUGAACCACAAACAGUUUCAGGGAAUUUUUGAUUCUCGUCACAUUAUCACAAACUGUGGGCUGUUUUUUCACGGCAAUGCAAAGUCCUCCACCUCCAUGGAAACAUCACAUCUGUGGCUAGAAGUAGAGACAACUCAGAAAGGCCUUCUGCGCAGUAUGAGCCAGUUAAAAUGCCAUAAAUCAUGAGUUUAUAAAACAAAAACGAAACACAAGAACGCUGAAUUUCUUUGAUGUUUUUUUUUAUUUGAAUGGAAUCAACAUGUUCACCAUUUUUCUAUAAAUGAAUUAUUUACAUUUGUAGUUACUUUCUGUACUUGUAUACUAUCGGCUCCAUGUUACCACACAGAUAAGAUGAAAACUCUGAAUUUUGUUACGUGACUGUUGGAAUUUUUGCUAUUUUACAGGAUGUGUGGGUCAGUUUAGAACCUAUUUAAUGCUCUUAUACGUGCUUCUGCUUAUUAUUAAACAUGGAGUCUUUACAUUUUUAUGCUGAUGACAUGCAGGUGUACCUUCCUUAGAUCCUUCAGCCCUGGUAGGCUGAGUUCUCUUAAUAACUACUUUUGUGAAGUCAAAUAGUUGUAUGGCAAUGUCUUUUAUUCAGCUGUUAAAACAGAAAUUCUUGCUUUUUAAACUGCCGGAAAUGUUAAAACUGAUUCUGGCACCAGAUGAUGCUCUAGUAAUCUCACUUUUGAGCACAAAGCCACAUUUUGAGCAUCAUGUCUUACAUUUUAAAGACAUAGACAUCAUUUUAUUUAUCUUAUAGUGUAUCAGCUUUUUUACCUGGCUGAAUCAAACGUUUAAGAUUUUACUGACGACUUUUAAGGCCCUUCACAGUCUCUACCCAGCUUUAUCUCCGAUCUCUUAGCAACGUGUGCACAAACGUACACGGAGGUGUUUUCCAUUUGCCCUGGAGUGAACUGCCCGAGGAAAUGAGGUCAACUGAUUCAGCCACCUCUUCUAAGUCUUUUGUCUCUUCUUUAAACAUGCUUUUAUCAGAAAACCUGUCCUAAUUUGUCCUUGAUUUUUAAUGUCCUUUGGAGUGUCUGUUUUUAAAAAAUCUUUUAUUAUGUUUUACCUUUAAUCUUACCAUGUAGAUAUUUAUGUUUUCAAGAGCUUUAUGGAUGUAAGAUGCGCAAUAAAGCACAAUCAAAGAGUGAAACUGCAUUAAAUUGAUAUUUUCUGCUUGAGCACAUGAAUAAAGUGCAGCUAAAAUA